UUGAAUAGCGGAGUAAAAACUUCCGGUUAUUUUAAAAUGUAUGAUCACUUCGUCAUUCGAUAAUUCGUCAUGAUUUAAAAACGAAACUAGAAUGGGAGAAACAUAUGAUUAUUUGUUCAAAAUAAUUCUAGUUGGGGAUCAAGCCGUCGGGAAAACCAGCCUUGUAAGGCGGUUCACUACAGGAAGAUUUCAGCAGGAGUACAAGUAUACGAUUGGUGUAGAUUUCACUGUACAAUCGUUGCAACUUGAUGGUAAAAUUGUAAAGCUACAAAUUUGGGAUACAACAGGACAAGAAAGAUUCAGAAGUCUUACAACAGGAUAUUAUCGUAAUGCACAUGCUGCAUUGGUUGUGUAUGACGUCACUAACACUGAAUCUCUAAAUAACUGCGUCAGAUGGAUGAAUGACGUCAGCAUGUACAGUGGUCAAGACAUUCCAAAAUUAUUAUUAGGUAAUAAAUGUGAUAAAUUAAGUGGUCGAACAGUAAGUUCAUCAGAUGGCGAACACUUUGCAAGAAAACAUAAUAUGAUGUCCUUUUCAGAAACAAGCGCUAAAGAUGGUCGAAAUGUAGAUGAAGCUUUUUAUAAGUUGGCUCAGGAACUAUCCAGGACGUAUUUUGAUUCUAUGGAUUAUAGAUCUGACUCAAUAAGACUAGACUCUAUACCGGACAAUACUGCAUCUUGGUGGGGAUGUUGCGGAUAUUAACAUUCCAAAUGUUUAACAAAGUGAUCGAAUGGUUGUUCUUUAAUAUUAGAGGAUAUUAUUUAUUA